AUGAGCAGGAAGUCAGUGGACUCUGCAGACACAGACGACUCGGACCCUGACACUGUCAAGAAGUCGGCCAAGAAGAAGGCCAUCAGAUCCUCAUCCAACAAGGUCCUCUAUGACCUUCUGGCGCGGAAGGAUAGUGAUAUCCAGGAGUUGACCGUCAGGCAACAUAAAGUUAAGCUCUUAACCUGGCAGAAGUUUAUCGUCCCUGAUAUUGGCUACGACGGCGCCAUUGGCCUCAGGCCUGCGGGAUGGAAGCCGCCAAAUCCUAAACAACGACGAACAGCUAAAAAAAACAAGGAUAUUGAAGAGUGGAUACCAGAGUCGUCUUCCAAGGAGCAGGACUUACAGGUAUGGACCCCUGAUGAUGCUGACGCAGCGAUAGCCCGAUCAGAGGAGCUGGAGUAUGAGGAGCACGAGGAUGAGGAUGAGACAGUUGCUGCUGCAGUGGGUGAGGUCGUAGAUGUCGACAUGGAAAUCGUCGUAGGCAAUAUGCAGAUAAGAGACUAG